UGAGGCGAGGAUCCGAGGGGGGCGCGGGCUCAGGCGCGGGCGGGCGGCCAUGAUCGCGUCUUGCCUGUGUUACCUGCUGCUACCGGCCGCGCGCCUCUUCCGCGCCCUCUCAGAUGCUUUCUUCACAUGUCGAAAAAAUGCCCUGUUGGCGAAGAGCUCAUCCCCCCAGGUAGAGGGCGACUUUGCCAUGGCCCCUCGGGGCCACGACCAGGAGGAGUGUGAGGGCCUGCUGCAGCAGUGGCGAGAAGAAGGGUCGAGCCAGGUGCUCUCAACUGAGAACGAGGGUCCCCUUGUAGAUAAGGGACUAGCCCAGAGCAGUCUGGCGCUCCUAAUGGAUAACCCCGGAGAAGAGGAUGCUGCUUCAGAGGGCAAGUGGUCUAGCAGGCAGCUGAGUGACCUGCGGGCUGCGGAGAACCUGGAGGAGCCUCUCCCUGGGGUACUAGGAGAGGAGCCGCUGCCGGAGGUCGAGGGCCCAAUGUGGGCAGCUGUCCCCAUGCAGACCGACCCCCAGUAUGCAGACUGUGCUGUCCUCCCAAUGGGUCCCCUGACUGCAGAGCAGUGGGAAGAGGACCCCGCGGUGGUGGCCUGGAGCAUAGCACCCAAGCCUGUGCCCCAGGAAGAGGCUCUCAUGUGGCCCUUUGAGGGCCUGGGACAGUUGCAGCCUCCCCAGAUGGAAAUCCCAUAUCACGAAAUCUUGUGGCGAGAAUGGGAGGAUUUCUCCACUCAGCCAGAUGCUCAGGGCCUGGAGGCAGGGGAUGGCCCUCAGUUCCAGUUCACCCUAAUGUCCUAUAACAUCCUGGCCCAGGACCUGAUGCAGCAGAGCUCAGAGCUCUAUCUGCAUUGCCACCCGGAUAUCCUCAAUUGGAACUAUCGCUUUGCAAAUCUCAUGCAGGAAUUCCAGCACUGGGACCCCGACAUCCUGUGUCUCCAGGAAGUCCAGGAAGAUCAUUACUGGGAGCAGCUGGAGCCCUCUCUGCGAAUGAUGGGUUUUACCUGUUUCUACAAGAGGAGGACUGGGUGUAAGACAGAUGGCUGUGCUGUCUGCUACAAGCCCACAAGAUUCCGUCUGCUCUGCGCCAGCCCAGUGGAGUACUUCCGGCCUGGCUUGGAGCUCCUCAAUCGGGACAAUGUGGGCUUAGUGUUGCUGCUGCAGCCACUAGUCCCAGAAGGCCUGGGGCAAGUCUCGGUGGCCCCUCUAUGUGUGGCAAAUACCCACAUCCUGUACAACCCACGCCGGGGCGAUGUCAAGCUGGCCCAGAUAGCCAUUCUCUUGGCUGAAGUGGACAAGGUGGCCAGAUUGUCAGAUGGCAGCCACUGCCCCAUCAUCUUGUGCGGGGACCUGAAUUCCGUCCCUGAGUCACCUCUCUACAACUUCAUCAGGGAUGGAGAGCUCCAGUACCAUGGGAUGCCAGCCUGGAAGGUAUCUGGACAGGAGGACUUCUCCCAUCAGCUUUACCAGAGGAAGCUGCAGGCCCCACUAUGGCCUAGCUCUCUGGGCAUCACUGAUUGCUGUCAGUAUGUCACCUCCUGUCACCCCAAGAGAUCAGAGAGACGUAAGUAUGGCCGAGACUUCCUGCUACGUUUCCGCUUCUGCAGCAUCGCCUGUCAGCGACCAGUAGGGCUGGUUCUUAUGGAAGGAGUGACAGAUUCUAAGCCAGAGCGACCUGCUGGCUGGGCCGAGUCCGUCCUUGAGGAAGACAGCUCUGAGCCUGAGCCUGAGCCUGAGCCUGUCUUCCCCAGGACUGUAGGCACCAUCCAGCACUGCCUCCACCUGACCUCGGUAUAUGCUCAUUUCCUGCCCCAGCAUGGCCGCCCAGAGGUCACCACCAUGCCCUUGGGUCUUGGAACAACAGUGGAUUACAUCUUCUUCUCAGCUGAGUCCUGUGAGAAUGAGGAGAGAACUGAUCGCAGGCUCUAUCAAGAUGGAACUCUCAAGCUCCUGGGCCGUCUCUCCCUCCUCUCUGAAGAGAUUCUCUGGGCUGCCAAUGGCUUACCCAACCCCUUCUGCUCUUCAGACCACCUCUGCCUGCUGGCCAGCUUCGGAAUGGAAGUCACUGCCCCAUGAGGGGCUCCCAGGGGAAGAGAGCUUCUCUUCCAGAAGAGCUCCCUGGAUCAGAGACUGUGGAAAUACCCCAUGCUUCUGGAAACUUAGAGCCAAGAAACUUUCGUCCCCUCCCCUCCCCCUCCUUGUUCCCUUUUUCCCAUAGUUAGAUUUUCUCCAGGCCUAUCCAUGUUCUCUGCCUGUGGUCCCUUUUCCGCCCCAACCUCUUCCUAAUCCUGUGCCACAUAUGCAGUGGCCCUGGGAGAGGCAGAAGCGGGGGAGUCCCUCUUCCUUCCAUGUAUCCAGCACUCCCCCUCUAUUUUUAAUUACCAGGGUUGCGGGAGCUGCUGAUCUCUUGGUUAUUUGCUUUCAGGCCGUUUCUUGGUGGUACCUUCUGACCCGACCUCCCUGCUUUCACGAUUUCUGGGCCCAGCACUCUUGCCAGGCACACACACGUGAGACGUGUGUAGGGUGGGUGCUUGCUCUGGGAAAGGACUGCUCCGCGUGGGCAUGCCUGCUGCUGACCAGCCCAGUUUCCACACUGGGGCUGUUGGCCUAGGGGCAGGUCAAGAGCUGUGUGCUGCCAGGAAGCAGCAGGGCCAUGGGCCCUUGUCUCCUUUCAUCUUCUGUGUUUCAUUAGGCCUUCAUCGUGCCAACGAGGGCAUACUCAUCAUCUGGGCUGGGCUCUGGGAACAAACGGGCCCCACGGCCAGGGGCAGCAGAUUCAGGGAUGCUCUACCUGCCCCAGCGGCCUCUGCGCCUCCAAUCAGAGUUCCCGACAGCCUGGCAUGCUUCCUCUAGGGCUCAUGCCUUUCCCCAGGCUGCUCUGAGGGAGGCAAAAGUGUGGGAGUUAAUGGGUUGGGAUAGUGGUUUAAGGUUUAAAACUCUUUAAGGAUGAGGAGAAAGAACCUUCAGGAAACUCUCCUCUCAUUGGACUCUGCAGCGUGCAGAACUGGGGCGAGGGUGGGAGUCCCAGCAGGGAAAGAGCAGCAGGCUCUGCAGCUGCCUUGGCUGGGAGUCAAGGCCUCAGGCGCUUGUUCUCUUUCCUCUGCACACCUGAGAGCAGCCUUCUGUUCCUCUCCUCCCACCACGGUUUACUUUUUGCUGCCUCCCUCAUUUCUUUCCAUUUUCUCCCUAGAAAAUCCUGGUACUUAGCUCAGGCCAAACCUUCUCAGCAGAAAGGUGGCCUUGGGCAAAACUGGUACAAGAACCCGAGGUGGCAGUGCCUGAGGAUUUGCUCUGGUCAGCAAGGCCUCGGCCGCUUGUUGCCUCUGCUUUCCCUCUCCUAGCGCACGGGUACCCUGGCCCAUUCAGGGGGCUCCCGUGCCCACACGUGUCACCUGCAUGCCUUAAUCUGUCAUUGCUGGGGUGUGGCCUGGAGUGCCCCCGGGCCAGCUCCUCCUCAUGUCUCCUGUAACACGGAAUAGCCACUGGCCCUGCGGAUGUGACUUGCUGUUGCCCCGCUCGGCCUCCAGAGUGGGACUAAAGGAAGAGCUGAGAGGCUGGAGUUAGGGACAGUUAGCCAGAGGCUAAUGUCCUCUCCUGUUUUUUGAGCCAAAGACCCAGCUUGAAUGCUGCUGCUGCUUUCAUGGUUAUAAACUUUCCAUGCCUAGGCUCUGGGGAAUUUGUCUGUGUGUGUAUAUUUUUAAACAUUGUUUCUUGGGUACUGGGCGUGUGCCUGUCUGAGCCCCAGGCCUGUCUGUCCACACCCCACCGUUUGCUCUUUUUCUCCCUGGGCACCUCCUGAGAUGGUCUCAAGACUGCGCUAUUGAUUCCUAGGACUAUGGCCCACCACUGUUCCCUUCGGCCAUGAAAUGCAGUUUAAAAAUGGCUAAAGGUGGCAGAGGCCAGGAGCUUGAUAGGUGAUCUUUUCCUUGUUUUCUUGUUUCUGUUUUGCAAAUGAAAUGGGGGUUUUAAAUGGUCAUUUAAACUCUUUUCCAAAUAAAGGUUUACUUUUCCCCCCUAC